GUUUUGAAUUUUGAACGAAAACUGACAACAGGGCAAAGCGUAAACGGCAAAACCAAGCAAACCCACCGCCUCGAGCCGGGAGGCUUCCCUACAUUGAGAACUGAAAAAUCGUGUAAAAGCAACAACGAGUUAUGGCUACAUCGACGCCAAAAACGCCGCUCCGUAUGCAGCUACAGCCGCUAAUGCCGGAGGACAUGCGUUCUGAGCUGAUCGCCGCACUGAAGGUACAGAACGUACAGAAUGUUCGCGUCGGAAGUGCGCGGCGCUUUGCACUGCCCGGAACGCACAGCAACAAAAGCCCGGCCGAUGUCCGAAACACCGAAGCGGACAAGCGGCAACAGCUGCGCCUGCAGGCGAUCCGCGAAAUUCGUACGUCCGAGGAGUCGUACCUGCGGCAGCUGGAUCUGCUGCUCGAGUACUUCGUGACGCCGUUGCGCACGAACGGAUUCCUCACCGAGAAGGUGCACAACCAAAUCUUUGGCCAGCUGGACACGAUACACAACCUCAGCCAGGAGCUGCUCCGCAAGUUGGACGAUGAUUUGGACAAUGUGGUGAAAGCGUUCACCAAUCUUGGACCAUUCUUUAAGCUCUACUCAGUGUACGCGUUCGACUACCGCAAUUCGCUCUGCACGCUGCAAUCGCUGAUGGACAAAAACGUGACGCUGAAACGAUACAUUGCCAACACAGAAUCCCGCCCGGAAGUGCAGAUGAAGCUGAUCUCGCUGCUAAUUACACCGAUACAGCGCAUCCCACGGUACAAGCUGCUUCUGCAGCAGGUACUCCUCUACACCAGCCCAUCGGAUGGGGCGUACAAAGCGCUGCAGGAAUCGAUCCGCCUCGUGGAACAGUCCGUCUCGCACAUAAACGCCGUGGUGGAGGAUUACGAAAACACGCAACGGUUGAUCGUGGUCCAGAACGCACUGACAAACAAAUCGCUCAAGCUGGUCAAACCGGGGCGCAAGAUCCUGAAGGAAGGUUUCCUGCGCAAGCUCAAGACGGACGGAUCGACGUCGCGCAAGUACUGCAUCCUCAUGUCGGACAUGUUCAUGUACUGCCGGGUGCUGAAGGAUGUGGAGGUUUUGCUAACGGAAGGAUCGAGCAUCGCUUGCAGCUGUGUGUUUCCGCUGAAAAAGUGUAAAAUUGUCGAGCUGUUCCGCGGUAACUUUAGGCUCACGUGCAGUGGCGAUGGUACGAUUUUUAGCGCCGACGGGGAAGGCGAAGAUAGCCACGCGUGGUACGUUGCGAUCCGGGAAGCGAUCGAGCUGCACGUGCAGUGCCGCAAGACGCUGCGCAAAAUGUCGAGCAACAGGAAGCCGAUGCGCAAGAAGCAUCUGCAGCGAUUGCAGCCGGAAGACGAUAUUAUGUGGCUGUUGCGCCGCAAGACGGCCAGUCCGGACCGGAUCCACAAGCCGGAGAAGGCAAGAAGGAGAGGGUUGUGGCCGUUUAGGAGCAUGAAUUGUUUGCAGCUGGAUCAGUCGGUUGGGGAGCCUUCGAGUGGAUUGCAGCAGCAGCAGCAGCAGCAACAGCAGCAAAGGCAGUACGUCCCGCUGGGUUCGAUUGGACAGCAUCGAUACCCACAGGCGGCCUCGACCAGCACUGUUAGCAAUAGUCAGCUAAAGGCUAUUGCAUACCCUUGGGGAACGGAAGCAAAUUGCGUUCAAAGUAGCGCACCAACCAACUGUCCCGCCGCAACAAGCCCUGCCGAGGAAGAUCACCCAACCGACGACGAUCAGGUGGAUAAGGAUGAGGAAGAUCAAGCGAACGGAAGCAGACACGUUCACUUUCGAUUUCCAUCAAAGCAUUGGCGUUACUGAAGUGAUUAGCUGCCAUUAAUUACAGGGUUUUCCAGGACUAAGACACUUUAUUGACUCCUUCUUACAUGAAAUGAACUUAAUGUAAUUGGGGAAAUGGACUCCAUAGCAACGUUUUUGGACAAAUCCAAUAGGAAUUUUCAAGGAGCCUGAAAUAGAUCAUACGAAAUACACUUCCCAUAAGAAAGAGUCAACGAAGUGUCCCACAACUAUGAGAACCCCUGGAAAACCCUGUAAUGAUGAAAGAGAGAGAAAGUGUGUGUGAAUGUCACUAGCGUUUUAAUAUUUAUUCCAUUUGUACGGCUAGAAGAAACCAUUUUAAUCCCUUUUUUCAUCUUUUUUUUAAAUGUAUCUGAAGUAGUAGAUUGUAAACGUCUUUUAAUGUUUCUUUCGAAGCGAAGGAGAGAAUAAGGCUUUUUUGUUGUAUACACCGAACAAUGUGUUUAUCUAUUUUAUCGUAUUUUUGCUGAAUGAAAUGCUAAAUAAAAGUUCUGAAAAAUGAUCAAACAAAAAUCACAAAAAUAUUAACCUCCGAUGCACAACAAAGUGCGACGAGGACACACGCACACAAACACAGACACAUGUGGACAAUUUAAAGAUUAACGUGUGCAGCACAGUCAGCAACAAGGAUCAAGGGGACACUUGUAGUAAUGGUGUGGACAAACCAAAAAAAUGGGACAAUAUUAUUUAAUAACACUUGGAACUAUCGAUUCCAAGCUGUCCUUGUCUGCCCACCUCCCCUUUGGGAGGAUUAAAAACCAAUUACACUAUCCAAAAAACGUGCGCAUGUAGUGUAGAGCGUAUAGAGAGGGAGAGAACGGGGAAAGAAUGUGUGUUGUGUUUUAGUGUGUGCUCUUAGCUAAAGUUAAUUUUUUGCCUUUUCUUUAGUUCUUUUAAAAGAUUGAUCCUUUUCGUAGCUCUUUUUCCUAACUUUAAGUACGGCUUUCGCUUACUACCACCUUUGACCGACACUCUAAUUUGCUUUUACAAUUAUUUACUUAAAUUUUAUAUUCACUUUCUUUAGAAAGUUUGCAAGUGUAGUCAUGUUCUACCUUUUUUGUUUUUCUUUGAAAAAUUUUGACUAGUAAUUUCGUUUUCUUUUUCUCGUUUGUUUGUUUGUUUUGUUUUUGGUUUGUUUUGCACCAUUUUUUGUCGUGUUUCGUCGUCGCGUUCGUUUUUUCCCCUAGAUAACAUUCUAUUCUUUCUUCACUCCUUUACGGGCUCUUUCUUUUCUCAGUUUUGCUUUCCUUUACAUUGAAUAAGAUUUAACUGGUUUAAAUAUAGCACAAGACCCCCAAAAACUAAAAAAAAACAGUGCUCUUUCCAUGUGUUUCUUUUCUUUUCUUUAAGAAAAUCUUGUCGUGUUUUGCACAAAACUCUGGAAAUGCUUCGCUGUUAUUUCUAUCCUCUUCAUUUAUCUCUAUUUUAUCUCAUUCUUUUUCCUACUUCAAUCCAAUGCAAUGCCAUGCUACGCCUUUUUCGCAUCUUAUUGUUUCCGCUAAUACUUCCUCUUUUCAGCCAAAAUGUGCUUUUUUGUUUUGUUUAUUAAUUGUUUACCUUACUUGUUUUCCUUGUUAUUUAAUUAGCUUUGCCGAUUUUAGCUUUAUUUUUAUCUUCUUUGUUUGCUAUCUUUUACUACAUUUUUGCUUUCAUUAUUCUAUAACAUAGGAAUAUUCGCUGCCUUACGCAUAUACGCUUGUUUUGCUUCCCGAAUUAGAUUUGUUUUUUGUUUUGCUGUGGUAACGUUACACUUGUUAAAUGGGCGGCGUGAUAUUUAAGUUGUGGUGGUCGACCGUUUAGUUUAUUUUCUUAAUAAAAAAAAGCAAACUGACCGAGUGAAGCUACAAGAAAACAACACGGACACAAAACAUUGUCAAAAGACGUAAUGUAACUUUAUAUCCAUUCCCUCAUAGGUGGUCGUUAUUAAGCGUUAUUUCCUUAGCCUUUGCUUCUGCAAAACCGUCCCCGAAUAACACACUUAAAUGUAAAUGACUAGUUCAAUGAAGGAUGGAGACUGAAAUGACUGAUUUUUUAUGCUAAAAACAGUUCAAACUAAACUAGUAGAAAAUGGGACACAAGAUAACACAACGGUUAGUAGUGUUAUCUUGUUGUUCAAGCUUUUAAAUGCUUUCCCAAAAAAUAUCUCCACAAACGGUUCGGUUCACGCACACACACACACACAAAACAGUGACAAAUUACAAGGAAAAACAGUUCCUGGGCGGGUAGUUUACAGUAAAUUACGUGUGAACGGAGAAAGAUCCUUAAACACUAUGUCCAUUUCGCUUCAGUUCCCCUACCGCCAAUCACCACCACAACCGCUCGGUGAGAAGAGAGUUUAAAAUGCUUUGCUAUCCCAACCUCUGCUGUCUGUCUGUUUCGCUUAGUGUUGUUACCACCGGUUACUUUGUUUGUUGCUAUUGCUUGUAUUGGGUAGAGAACAUCUAAGUAUGUUGUUAAACACUAGCACUGAUGUUUUACUAAGUAAUUAAUUCAUUAUUUGGGUGGCGGCAUAGCUGUCCUCGACGCAGUCGGUGAUGAUGAUGAUGAUGAUACACGCAUGAUCGCGUGUUGAUCGCGCAUGCAACAAUUCCCUUUUUGCGUGUUAGUCUCGUUUUGGGGGGAACAGGGAGCGUAUUUACUAAGAUCAUGGCUAUCGCUACUGCUAAGUACUAAGCCAUCCUUUCGUUUCGCCGAUCGUUCUAGUUAAAGGAUUAACUGUCCUUCUAUGAUCGUAAAGGUUGUUUUUUUGUUGUUGUUGCUAAAACUCAGUUCUGUUUUCCCGACCUUCCCCGAUAGCCGCUAGCACGUGUGUGUGUUUUAAAGUGUUUGCAACACGUGCAAGCGUUUUCUCACUGUCUUCAUUUAGAGAGGCUUGGGUCACACUGGAACCGCUUCUGCGUUUCAUUGUGGCGCGUGGACAAAGGAGCAGUGGGGGGUUUUGGUUUUUAGUUUGACUUUUUUACUUUUGCGCUCUAUAUUGUGUAGGGCGACAACUGUUGCUAUUAUUCUGUUCACUAGCUUUUCGUUCUUUCUAUAUAUUUUUGUCCAUUUUUAACGAUUUACUUUUAAUUGUGUUUGUUGUUGUUGUUGUGUUUCUGUGACUUUCUUUUUGUUGUGAGUUAUUUUUUUUACUCAUUUAUUUCAUCUUAUUAGUUUGCGUGCUACUUUCUGACCGGUGUCGUUUCGUGUGAGGUUAUUUUACUUUUUGCCUUUAGUUUUAUUGCAGUUGUGUGAGUUUUGGCUGUGAGGUUUAUGUGUGUUUUUUUUUUAAUAUUAAAUAGCUUUUUAUAUUAAUCAGUACUGACGGUUUUGGUUGUAGUGGUAGCGUGGUUUUUAGUCAUUAUUUUUUAAAACAUAAUUAAAUUCAUUAUAAUUUACUUUCCCAAUAUAACCGGUACCAUAAUUUACAUCCUUUGUUUAUGCGGAAAUGCGUUAGAAAAUGAGUUUGUCCUGCUAACAAACGAGCUUUAAUACACUGAAUUUCUUCUUUUUUUUUGGGGGGCAGGCGCUAAAACACAACAAAAGUUAAUCAUUUCACAUAACACUCGGCGUCGGUUUGUGUUUCUAGUUACAAUCGAUAAAAAGUAUGGGUAACGACCAUGGACACCACGGUGGCACGGUGUCAGCCAGCGUACACAACCACGCGCACACACAUAUGGGGGGAAAAAACCCCAACCGCCCCAUCAUAUUACAUGCUGAAAUUCAACACCACACAGAGAGAGA